CUCCAUGCAAUUCCGAAAAAGGUAAAAUCAUCGAACGUAUCUUGGCGAAUGGAAUAUAAACGGCGGCGUGCGCAAAGAGUAGGUCGUUGUUGCUAACGAAUAUCCAAAAAGCUGCGAAAUUAUAUUAAAAAGUGCGGCACCGUGAAUGUAGAACUUCCGCCGGAACAGCAUUGUCGCAUAUAAUCACGUGAUCGAGGAUCGACUUCUUCGUUUGUGGCCACGAGGUUUUGUGGUGAAAAUUAAGUUUACCGGGUGGAAAAGGCCCUAUAUUUUUGUAUUUAUACAAAAAUGCCCUCCAGCAAUCCCUUGCCACCCAAAGAAAAUGCCUUGUUUAAGCGAAUUCUGAAGUGUUAUGAACACAAACAGUAUAAAAAUGGGAUAAAGUUUGCAAAGCAAAUUUUAUCCAACCCUAAAUUUAGCGAACAUGGGGAGACCUUGGCAAUGAAAGGUCUAACUCUGAACUGCUUAGGUCGCAAAGAAGAAGCAUACGAUCAUGUUCGACGUGGUCUCAGGAAUGAUUUGCAGUCUCAUGUUUGUUGGCAUGUUUACGGACUUCUACAGCGCUCGGAUAAGAAAUAUGAUGAGGCCAUUAAGUGUUAUAGAAAUGCUCUUAAAUGGGACAAGGAUAAUAUACAAAUUCUUAGGGAUUUAUCAUUGCUUCAAAUUCAAAUGAGAGAUCUGGAGGGUUAUAAGGACACAAGAUAUCAAUUAUUUAUGUUACGUCCCACACAGCGUGCAUCAUGGAUUGGUUUCGCCAUCUCAUAUCAUUUAUUAAAGGACUACGAAAUGGCCCUCAAAAUUUUAGACACUUUUAGAAAUUCUCCUAUGAUUUGUUAUGAUUGCGAACAUAGUGAGUUGCUGUUAUACCAGAACAUGGUUAUCCAAGAAUCAGGGGAGUGUGAACAAGCUCUGAAGCACCUUGACAAAUACAGUGAUCAAAUUUGUGAUAAAGUUACUGUAAAAGAAACAUACGGUAAAUUAAGACUUCAAUUAAAACAAUACCCAGCAGCGGUACAGGUUUAUAAGGAUCUUUUAAAUAUAAAUCCUGAAAAUACAAUGUAUUAUGUUAGGCUAGCAAAGGCUGAAAGACACGAUAAACCUGAAGAAACGUUAGCUAUGCUCCAAAGAUACGAAGAACUGUUUCCUCGAGCGCUAGCGCCGCGUCGCUUACAAUUAAAUUACGCUUCAGGGCCUGAAUUUAAAGCAUUAGUUGAUCGAUAUUUACGAAAAGGCCUUCAUAAAGGUGUGCCACCUCUGUUCGUAAAUCUUCGUUCUCUGUAUACCGAUCAGAACAAAGCUUUCGUUAUACUGUCUUUGGUUUUGCAAUACAAGGAGGCAUUGAAAGCUCAUGGGCAUUUUAGCGACGAAGAGAAAGAUAAUCCACGAGAACCGGCUUCCGCGUUACUGUGGACUUAUUACUAUUUAGCACAACAUUAUGAUCAUCUUGGACUUACGGAAAAAGCACUGCACGAAAUCGAUGCUGCCAUAGAACAUACUCCUACGCUUAUAGAACUUUUUGUUACCAAAGGUCGCAUUUAUAAGCAUGCUGGUAAUGUUCAAGAAGCUUAUAAGUGGUUGGACGAAGCACAAGGCUUAGAUACUGCGGAUCGAUAUAUUAAUUCUAAAUGUGCCAAGUACAUGUUACGCGCAAAUCUUAUCAAGGAAGCAGAAGAGACGUGUGAAAAGUUUACAAGAGAAGGCGUUUUAGCGAUGGAGAAUCUAAACGAAAUGCAGUGUAUGUGGAUUCAAACGGAAGCAGCCAAUGCUUACAAGCGCCUCGGGAAAUACGGAGAAGCGUUAAAAAAAUGUCACGAGGUUGAUAGGCAUUUUUCUGAAAUCAUAGAAGAUCAAUUCGACUUUCAUACCUACUGUAUGAGAAAGAUGACUUUGCGAUCUUACGUGGGUCUUUUAAGGUUAGAGGACGUGCUUCGGGCUCACCCAUUUUAUUUCAAAGCAGCGAAAUGUGCAAUAGAAGUAUAUUUGCGACUGCACGACGAUCCCUUACCCGAUCCAACACAGACGCAAGAAAUCGACACCGAUCGGCCUGGAUCGAAUCGCGAUCAAGCUCUGCUGGAUUGCACUUUUUGCUCCUGUCACUGCCUCACGUUUGGAGUCGAGGCUGCACGUGACCAAGGUGCACGCGUGACACGUGCACGCAUGCCAGACCUACUGAAACAGCUGUCAGCGAGGUCUGGCCACACGUCCAGAGGCGAGGAAAAGUUAGAAAAGGCUUUGCGAAACCGGCGGAAUUGCUUUUGCCACCGGUCGGGUGGCGCAUUGUUUGACCUUGGUCGACGCACAGCGCCAGAGAACUUGGCGCCGUCAGAGUUGAAGAAACUGAGAAACAAGCAGAGGAAGCAACGCAGAAAGGCUGAACUGGAACGACAGCAGGCUGCCCAAGCUCAAGAGAAGAGGGAACAGCACAACAAGUCACGGCAACAAACCGAUCCCGAUUUAGAGCAGCCCACGUUGGACGAACUCAUACCAGAGAAAUUGGAGAGGGCCGAUGACCCACUGGAGCAGGCGAUCAAAUUCUUACAACCGUUGCAGGAAUUGGCAGCGAAUAGAAUAGAAACACAUCUUAUGGCGUUUGAAAUUUACAUUCGCAAGGGUCGCACGUUGCUGAUGCUGAAGUCGAUAAAACGCGCACAUGGGCUGGACCCGAACAAUCCAUACCUUCACACGUGUCUGGUACGCUUCAUGCUGCACACUUUCCAGUCGCCGUUGGAAUGGGCGGUGAGCGAAGUCGUGAAACGACAAACCUCUGGGAUAUACACGAGUUUAACGCCGAUGCAGCUCAAUAGAGAAUUCCUGAAGGCGAAUAGAAAUUCACUGCCCCAUCUCCUUCAGGCCGCGAGGAUGAUGUACGUCAUAGACCCUUCCGAUCAAGGGACCGCUCUCUACUUAAUCUCAAACUUCGAUCUCGAAUCCGUAACGCUGCAGACUUGCACGGAAGUGCUGGAAUCGUUGCGCAACGGUGACCUAGGACCCCCGAUUCCCAACCUGAUCGACAAAUUCGUGGUCAGAUGCCAUAAACGUUUCCCGUACGCGACCGCUUUCCGACCCCCUGAAACGAAGGCGACGACCAAUCACCAAGAGAAAGAGAACUUCAUCAAGAACUGAUCCAGGCACGCGCUCGUCAGCGUCGCUGAAUCACUUCGUAGUUAGACGAGGCAAUGGAGAAAGAAAAGGGAGUGUUUGGAGAGCUUUCUGAUCUACAGUUGAAAACGAUAAAGGAAAAAAAAAAGGAAAAACGAAAAGAAAAAUGAUCUCGUUGUGUUUACACUCUGAGAUCGAAACAAUGGGAAGGGAGGAAAGGACAUAGUGAAAGGAGUUUCAAAAAUUUGAUUAACGUUAUAAACAUGAUGUAUUAUACACGAACCGUUCCUGGAAGGUUUCAUGUAGUGUGAAAACAGUGCUGGGGACAGUGCUGUCAUAAACAAUCUGAAUAAAUUAUAUACAACACGAAGAGGUGGCGGUCCACGCGCCUCCGACGCGGUACCGAAUUUUAGGUGAACGAAGGAAAGGAUGGCUAGUAGCUAAAUAUUAAUUAACAAUUGGAACAGGACGAAUUAAACGCGCUCUCAUCGACGGCGCGAUCGACGCUAUGAAAUAAUUGUCGACAAAGUGUGAGAUGUUUAGUGAUGAGGGGUGGGAUGGGCAUGUGGGUGACUAGGGGCGGGAAUUUUGGGGGUUGGGUGCAGUGUGUAAAAUAUAAUGACGUGCGAAACUAACACAUUGGUACAAAAUACAAGACUUGUAUACAUUCAUACACGCGCGCGCUCUAUGAAUAUUUCUACUCGAUGUUAAGGUGUACUAUUUUCAGCGAUGUCUACAUAAAUACUCUACUGUGUAGAGUCUGAAAACUAGACGAUCAUCGAGCACCACGAUAUAUUGUACCACGCAUGUUCGUCGCUACAUUUGAAUAGACUUUGUUCCAAGUCGUAUACUACUAGUUCACUUCGAUUCGCAAAACUGUUUAAACUAAUAAGUGAACAGUCUAAACUUCGUUUUUUCCUUCUAGAAACAUGCAAAAAACACACACCCAAACAUGUUUUAUUACCUGCGUUUAAUACCAGGGUAAUGAUCUACGUUUGGAUUGGAGCCCUGAUAUUCCAUCGAGAGCAGUCAAUACGGAAGUUGUGUCCAUUUCGCGAAAGUCUCAUGUGAAAGUUACUAUAAGAACAAUAAAGUGCGUAUUGUGUACGCAAAUUACCAAAGUAUAUCAUAAAAUCGAAAACAAUAAGUGUCGAUAGCAAAACGAAAAAAUAAACAAAAUGAUAUCAUGCAUCAUCUGUAUGUCAACGGAUUACAGAAAAUUUUAAUAAAAGGUAAUGUUGAAGUUUACCGGUAUAUAUAGUAAGUCGAA